ACGACUGUGCUCUGUUGGAGCACUAUAUAAAUUAAAGCAGGUCUCCAUUUCUGGAAGUCACACAGUCGGCUCUCUCACCAGAACUUAAAAAACAACCCCCCCACAGUGGGCUUUUUGAUUACAUUAAAAAAUGGCGAAAGAUUCUCCAAAAACGCCCAAGACGUCAUCGAGGGGGUCAGGUAAUCCAUCGAUAAGUAUAUGGGCAGUCCAAUGUGGGAAAUGUUUCAAAUGGAGGAAAGUUUCAACACAGGAAGAAUUUGAGGAGAUUAGGUCUAAGUUUAAUGAAGAACCGUUUCACUGCGAGAACAAACCCAAUGUUACUUGUGAUGACCCAGCAGAGAUUGAGUACGAUUCUUCGCGAACUUGGGCCAUUGACAAGCCUAAUGAGCCUAAAACCCCAAUUGGGUUUAAGAGAGAAUUGUGUCUUAGGAGUGAUUACUCAAAAAUGGAUGUUUAUUAUAUCACUCCUUCGGGGAAGAAACUUAGAUCUACUAAUGAAGUAGGUACUUUUCUUCAGCAAAAUCCUGAGUUUAGUGACCUGUCAACCAAAAAUUUCAGCUUCAAGAGCCCCAAAAUUAUGGAUGAUACUAUACCAUUCAGUAGCACUAAAUGAGGGAGUCGAUGUAGCUGAAAUUUUAGGUUUAUUUGCUCUGUAGAUGCUAUUUUAGACUGCUGGAAUGCUUGAAUGCUCAACUUAUUCGCUUCUUGGCCUUCUUUACUUUGAUUUAGCUGAUAACUUGACUUUUCAUUUCUUAAGGAGAAAAACUUUGAAGUUUAUCAUCCUUUCUA